UCGAACCGAUGCACGUGUCCUCGACACGUGGAGACUCCCAAGCACGUCUCUGGGUUAUAAAUAGCAACCCAAAACUCCACUAUUUUUCUCAUCAUCAAACACAACAAUCAAUCAAAAAGCAUCAAUUCAAAGUGUACGCAAAACCGAGAGAAAAUGGAUAACAAGCAAAACAUGAGCUACCAAGCCGGUCAAGCCACUGGCCAGACUAAGGAGAAGGCAGGUGGAAUGAUGGACAAGGCCAAGGAUGCUGCUGCUUCAGCUCAGGACUCCUUGCAACAGACGGGACAACAAAUGACGGAGAAGGCACAAGGAGCUGCUGAUGUCGUCAAGGACAAGACCGGCAUGAACAAAAACCACUAAGCAAGCACCUUGGACUUCUUUUCUAAUUAAUUCCCCUCUUCGACUUGUGUUUUAAUAAACUGGGGGUUUUAAUUCUCAUUUCUGAUGUUAUUUUCUUGGUGUCAUUUUGGAUGUUUAUGUAAUCUUACCUAUCUAGUUUAUAAAAAGUAUGCUUUUUAAUGUCAAAA